UUUCUCGUGACUGUAUAAAUUGACGUACGUCAGCUGACCUAGUGAAAAAUAAUCCGUGUUUGUAUUUUUUUUUUCAAUAAAAACUUCUAAAAAUUGUAACGUAAAAAUGGCUUUACACUCUGCAGUUAAAGGAAAAUUAAUUUCUGUUAUUGGCGAUGAGGAUACUUGUGUUGGUUUUUUACUUGGAGGAGUAGGUGAGAUCAAUAAAAAUCGACACCCUAAUUUUAUGGUUGUAGAUAAGAAUACUGCUGUAAGUGAAAUUGAAGAUUGCUUCAAACGAUUCCUUAAGCGAGAUGAUAUUGACAUUAUUUUAAUUAAUCAAAACUAUGCUGAACUUAUUCGUCAUGUGAUUGAUGCUCACACCUCCCCAGUUCCUGCAGUGCUGGAAAUUCCCUCAAAAGAUCAUCCAUAUGACGCCAGUAAGGACUCUAUUUUGAGACGUGCUAGGGGCAUGUUCAAUCCUGAAGAUUUAGUUCGCUAAACAAUUUUCAGUAUUUUCUUUAAACAAAUUAUAAAAACCAUAUGUUGUUGUUGCGUAUAAUUCGUAUAUAUAAAUAUUUGUUUUCAUUCCUUAUGCUGCAAACAUAAUUUAUCAACCGGCAUUGAAAUAUUAAAACCAUAAUUAAAAAAUAAAAUGUGUUAAUGUCUUAAA